AUGUCGGAGCGGGAGGAGCGGCGCUUCGUGGAGCUGCCGCGGGAAUCGGUUCGCCUGAUGGCGGAGAGCACCGGGCUGGAGCUCAGCGACGAGGUCGCCGCUUUGCUGGCCGAGGACGUUUGCUACCGGCUGCGGGAGGCCACGCAGAACAGCUCCCAGUUCCUCAAGCACCGCCGGCGCCGGAAGCUGACUGUGGAGGACUUCAACCGAGCUCUGCGCUGGAGCAACGUCGAGGUGGUCUGUGGCUAUGGCUCCCAGGACUCUUUGCCCUUCAGGACCAUCAAGGAUGGAGACCUCUUCUUCCAGGAGGACCGAGAGGUCAACCUGGUGGAGUUGGCCUUGGCCACCAACAUCCCCAAAGGUUGUGCUGAGACCACGGUGAGAGUCCACGUUUCCUACCUGGAUGGCAAAGGCAACCUUGAACCACAGGGAUCUGUGCCCAGUGCUGUCUCCACCUUGACCGAGGACCUCCUGAAGUACUACCAGAACGUGACCAGAGCUGUGCUGGGGGACGACCCCCAGCUGAUGAAGGUGGCCCUCCAGGACCUCCAGACCAACUCCAAGAUCGCUGCUCUCCUGCCUUACUUCGUCUACGUGGUCAGUGGGGUGAAGUCUGUGAGCCACGACCUGGAGCAGCUGAGCCGCCUGCUGCACGUCGCCCGCAGCCUGAUCCUCAACCCCUUCCUCUGCCUGGGCUCCUACGUCCGCAGCCUCAUCUCCAGCGUCAUCUACUGCACCCUGGAGCCCCUGGCCGCCUCCAUCAACCCCCUCAACGACCACUGGACCCUCCGCGACUACGCCGCCCUGCUCCUCAGCCGCAUCUUCUG